AUUAAGUAUCAGUCACAAUGUCUUUCGACUUCCGCAGCAUCAUAACGACCGAAGAUGUCAAUACUGUUGCAAAAAAAGCCAUCGGUAAACACGCGCAAGUCUUAAAGUACUCGAUUCACGCUUAUUCAGAAGAAAAAAUUGGAUUUUUGUCUUCACACUUGCGCUUGGACAUAACAGUAAAAAACGACAUUAAUUUCGACAAUUCUUUAAUUAAAAAAAGUUUCUUUGUCAAAUCUGUACCAUACGAUUACCCGGAUCAAGCUUCUUACAUAAAAGACACGGAAGUGUUCCGUCAAGAGACGGGAUUUUUUAAAGACCUGGUGCCGAAGAUGUCGAUUGAAUAUACGGGAGAUACUUGGGGUCCGCGGUGUUAUUUGAUAAAAGCUGAUGCAUUGGUACUCGAAGAUCUGAAAUUACAAGGGUUCAAAAUGCACCCGGAAAAAUUAUUGAGCGAAGAUUUGAUAAAGUCUGGGUUACAAGCACUGGCGAAUCUUCACGCAUCUUCUCUGGUGACUGAAAAACAGCUGGGACGACCGCUUAUUGAUGUCUACCCUCAUGUUAUAGAGCAAAAUUACUUUCUUAAAACCGGAAAUCAGUACCGGUGGUACUGCGCUGGUGUAGAUCUCGCGAUUAAAAUUGCAGAAGAUAUGAACUUGGACACGAGAUUCAUUUCUGAUACUUGUGAAAAAGUAUUUGAAGCUAUAAAACCUUCGCCGACUAAACGUAAUGUUAUAAGUCAUGGAGAUUUGUGGUCUAAUAACCUCAUGUUUGAUGAUUCGACACCGCCGCGUUGUCGUAUAAUUGACUUUCAACUUAUCCGAUACUCCCCGCUGGCAGCAGACGUUGCUCUGUUUCUUUAUCUCUGCGCUUCUCGCAAAUUUCGUGAUGCUAAAACUGGGGAAAUGAUGAAAUACUACUAUGAUAAUUUGAUAAAGUGUUUGAAGAUGAACCCAGUUAUAGAAGAAUAUCCCUCGUGGGAAGAAAUAGUUGAUGGGUAUGAAGAACAAAAACUUGGCGCUGUUAUCACAGCAACGCUUUACUUUCCGACUACUCUUCUUGAUAGUAAACUUGGCGCUAAAAUAAUGAACAAUGCAGAGAGCUACAGUAAAUUCAGGUAUGAAGACAGAAGAGAUAUCGUUACGGAAAUUAUGAAGAGAAAUUCGGAGUAUAACUCAAUUCUCAAAGACAUUGUUGAGGAAUUGGUUGAGUUAUCGCUGAAACUCAACUCUGUGCCUGUACCUAAUUAAAAGUAGUGACAACUGAUGGAAUUUUUUGAUGAAAUGAAACAAAUUACAGUA